AUGGCAACCCAUCUUCAAGUUAUACUUUUUUGUUUGCUACUAUUCGCACCGUUAAGUAAUGGACAAAACACACCGACCGCAAGAGCUCAAGCAGAUUUGGUUACUGGUUUGCCAGGCACUAUUUUCCAAGUGAACUUCAAACAAUAUGCUGGAUAUCUGAACUCAGACCCCAACAAAGCCUACAACAAUCUUCAUUAUUGGAGUUUACACAACAUUUCCAGGCACAUCGAGUCUCAAAUCAAUCCAUCCAAUGACUCUCUUCUUCUCUGGAUCAACGGUGGCCCCGGAUGCAGUUCGCUUCUUGGUCUGAUGCAAGAAAUCAGCCCGUUCCAUGCUGCUAGCGACGGUCAAACACUUUAUGAGAACGUGUUUGCAUGGAACAAAGUCUCCAAUUUACUGGCAAUCGACGCUCCUGGAGCUGGAUUCUCUUGGAUGGAAAACCCAAAACACAAUCAGGAUGACAGCUAUGUGACUCAAGCUAUUCUAAAUGCUCUUCUCGAUUUCUAUACUGUUUAUCCAAACUUGCAAAAUGCAGAUCUCUACAUUGCCGGUGAGGGAUACGGGUCAUUCUUCGCGUCAGGCUUGGUUUAUAAUCUGUUGGUGAACAACACGCCAAGAACGGAUAUUGUCACUACCCCUAUCAAAGUUCGCGGACUUCUUCUUGGAAACGGAGAUUUGAGUGCACGCCAUCAAUACAACAGUCUCAUUCCAUUCUACUACACUCACGGAUUUGCGGGAUCAAAACAAUAUGACGAUCUCAAAUCAGUGUGCUGCACCAACGCUUCCACCAUGGCCUGCGAUUUCUACAACAGUGGCGCCGCAUGCAGAGCCAAAGCUGACAACGCAAUCGCUUCUUGGUCAAAUAAUCAGUAUGUAAUUUUUGGUCGUUUUUGUGGCAGAAUGUGCUUGGCUGUAAACAACUACAACUCUACUGAUUCAUUCAAUGGAUAUCCUUGCACUGCAAUCUCUGCAACAUCCACAUAUUUCAACCGUGCCGAUGUCCAGGCUGCCCUUCAUGUCAGUCAAAAUGCAUCGAAUGUUUUCCAAUCUUGCAGAAAUGUCACCUAUAACACGCUUUCCACCGAUUUGCAAACAACAAUCUCCUCAAUUCUCACCACCAAAAAUUACGCUGCUAACAACGCCAAAAUUAUGAUCUACAACGGAGAUCUUGAUAUUUGGAGCAACUUUGUUGGAGCCCAAAGAUUCGGAGCAGAAAUCGCAGCCAACCUUAAGCUCAAUGUGACCGAAGACCGUAUCUGGAGACACAACUACGACUCAGCAGCUUACCAAUGGAUGGAUGGUGGUGUGAUUACCAGUUAUACCAGUAACUUGCAUGUCGCAUCUGUUAGAGGCGGCGGUCACUUUGCACCACAAAACCGACCAUCGCAAUCAUUGCAACUCUAUCGCGAUUUUGUUUUGGAAUUGUUUUUCAACAAUUGCCUCAGCCGCGUUAACAAAGUUGCCGCUCCACUUGUGGCACCUUAUCAACAAACCGCUGCCGCAACAGCUCGUCAAGACGCUGAUAAGAUCGUUAGCUUGCCAGGACUCACAUAUCAAAUUAAUUUCAAUCAAUAUUCUGGAUACUUGAAUGCUUCCGACACUCACAGAUUCCAUUAUUGGUUCGUUGAGUCUCAAAAUGAUCCAGCGAACAGUCCAGUACUCCUUUGGUUGAACGGAGGACCAGGAAGCUCCUCCCUCUGGGGAAUGCUCACUGAAAACGGACCAUUCCGUCCAAACAAAGACGGACAGACAUUGUAUGAAAAUAUUCAUUCCUGGAACAAAUUCGCCAACGUUCUGUAUCUCGAAAGUCCCCAUCAAGUGGGAUUCUCGUACUCUACAGUGGCUAACGAUUACACUUACACCGAUGACCUCACUGCUAAUGAUAACUAUAAUGCACUUAAGGACUUCUUCUACAACGUUUUCCCAAAAUACAAGACCAAUCCAUUCUACAUCACCGGAGAAUCCUAUGGAGGAGUUUAUAUUCCAACUCUUUCUAAGCUUUUGUUGCAAAUGCUUAGCGCUGGAGAAAUUAGCAUCAACUUUAAGGUAGGGAAUUAUAGUACCACUUUUUCAGGAAUCGCAAUUGGAAACGGAGAACUCACCACCAAACUUCAAGUCAAUUCUGCGAUCUUCCAACUCUACACCUACGGGCUUUUUGGAGAAACAGAGUAUAACGCGCUUAUUGCACAGUGCUGCAAAAACUACACCGAUCCAACUCAAUGUGAUUUCUACACUCCAUACAUCUUCUUUGACUAUCUUGGAAAUUACAAGGCUGUUCCCGGAGCUGACCCAUUCUGCUCUUCGACAAUCCUUGGUGUUGUCAAUGAUCAAGUCUGGCAAUCCGCCAAUAACCCGUACAACAUCUAUGGAGACUGUUACACAACUAGCGCUGGCGCUUCAUCCACUAGCAACAAGCAAAACAGACAACUUUUGAAUCUUGCCUCUUCCGAUCCUUUCGACGGAUUCCCAUGCUGGAGUACUGAUGCCACCACUACUUACUUGAACAGAGACGAUGUUAGAACUGCACUUCACAUUCCAGCAAACAUCCAACAAUGGCAGUCCUUCAACCAAACUGUCAAUGAGCAGCUUUAUAAUCGUAGCUACUUCGAGUUGGAUGGCGUUCUGAACAGAAUUAUUUCUAGCUACUACUACAAACAGAAUAACAUGAAGAUUUUGAUCUACAACGGAGAUGUUGAUAUGGUUUGCAAUCAUCUUGGAGACCAAUGGCUUAUUGAACAGCUUGCCAAUAGUUCAGGAUUGAAUGUGAGAACUUUUUCGGUGGCUUUUCUAGGCUUGAAUUUUCAGACUGUUGCUCCUCGUAAACCGUGGAACUAUGUUAUGGCUGGAACUAACUACUUGUCUCAACUUGCUGGAUACGUGAAAACCUUUGACUCCAACCUCAACCUGGUUACGGUCAAAGGAUCCGGUCACUUGGUUCCACAAGACCGUCCAGGACCAUCACUUCAGAUGAUCUAUAAUUUCAUUAACGGACUCAAUCUGAACACCACCUUCCCAUAUGCCUUGACACCUGCUCCCUUGCUCCCAUCCUACAGUGAUCUUCAAGGAUGCCCAGCUCCAGAGUAUCCGACAGCUCAGUCCCUUCCAACACUUCCUCCACUCCCACCACUUCCACCUGGUGUCACCUAUCCACCAUUUGCUGCUAAGGAGAAGAUGGCUUCAGAACCCGCUCAAUUCAUGAACACUAAUACCGAUUUGCCAACCAAGUUGAAUGCAGCUGCCACCGCCGACAUGAUCACGAACUUGCCAGGAUUGACAUUCAAUGUCACCUACCGUAUGUUCUCCGGGUACUUGACUGCUGAUGAAACUCCAUUGAACCAUUUGUUCUAUUGGUUUACGGAAUCUCAAAACGAUCCUGUCAAUGACCCAGUUGUACUCUGGUUGAACGGUGGUCCAGGAUGCAGUUCUCUGGGAGGAUUCUUUACGGAACUGGGACCACUCCAUCCAAACGAUGAUGGAGGUCAGACUCUGUAUGAAAAUGUUUUUUCCUGGAAUAAGAAACAAUACAAAUUGUUUUAUCAGUUUAAUGAAAAACAAACUAAACAAAAUAGCAAAUAUGAAGUAUGUUACCGGCCAAUAAGAUAUACAAAUAAGGGGUUUCAGUGGAAAGCCAACGUGAUCUUCCUCGAAGCCCCAGCUGCAGUGGGAUUCUCUUACACCGAAGACCCAAACUACUACUGGAACGAUGAUACUACCGCCGAGAACAACGGAUACGCUAUCAAGGCAUUCUUCACAAAGAAAUUCCCACAAUACGCACAAAAUCAAUUCUUCAUCACCGGAGAAUCUUAUGGUGGAGUUUAUUGUCCAACAUUGACCUUGAACUUGAUCCAGCAAAUUGACGCCGGCCUCUUGAAUUUGAAUUUUAAGGGAACUGCUGUAGGAAAUGGUAUUCUUAGCGAGUACCUCCAAACAAACUCUGAAAUCGUUUUACAGUAUGGAAGAGGAUUCAAUGGAUUAGAUGAGUGGAAUUCACUGAAAGAUGCAUGCAACUUGACCAACUCUGACCCCAUCUACUUUGAUUACUCAGCUCCUCCAGAAGGCUCCAAAUGUUACAACGCAGUCUAUAUUAACCAAGACAAAUUCUAUGAGUAUGAUGAGGUCAAUGGCGAUCCAUACAACAUGUACCAAGAUUGCUAUCUUUACAACCAGCAAGGAUCUUGGCAGACUCCAGGACAAGAAAAGCUCGUAGAAAGACCAACAUCUCGCAGACAGCGUGCUCGUAAAGCCCUCAUGAAUCGCAGAAAGUCAUUUGCCUCUGCCAAAUUCUCCAACUCAAACUCCAACACUGGUAUGGAUCCACUGACGCUUUCCGUGGACUCAACUGUUUUGGAGGAGACGCUCUUGCUGCUUAUUUGUCCCGCCCGGAUAUCCAAACCGCUAUUCACGCCAGAAAUCAACCAAGAUGGGGAGACUAACACGAUCAGUGCUAUCAUGGAUUCCAAGUGGUACACAACCAACAAUAUGCGGCUAAUGUUCUAUAACGGAGAUGUGGACACGAUUUGUCAGUUCCUUGGAGAUGAAUGGUUGAUCGAGAAGUUGGUGACCAGAAGAAACUUAACGGUAACCUCCCCACGCCAACCAUGGUACUACACACAAGGCGCUCAAUACGCCACUACCAUCGCUGGAUAUGCAAAAUCCUGGACACAGAACUUGGUUCAACUCACUGUCAAAGGAUCUGGACAUUUUGUUCCAUCCGAUCGUCCAGCUCAAGCUCUGCAAAUGCUGACAAAUUUCUUGAGCAACCAGGCCAACUACAGUACUCCAGCUGGAGUGAGACAGGAAAAAUAUGUAACAGAAAUUGAAUUUAAUUUUAGAUUGACGUCACACCACAACCAAUUUUCACCAACUUGGUCACUACACCAAACUGCACAGUUGGAACUUCCGAUCGUAUUAUCAACUUGCCAGGAAUUCCAGCUGAUAUGCAGUUCAAGCAAUACUCUGGAUUCUUGGAUGGACUUUCAGGACAUAAAGUUCAUUACUGGUAUAACCAUAGUGUUUAGGCUCGUGGAAUCUGAAAACAAUCCGUCUACUGAUCCACUGUUGUUGUGGUUAAAUGGAGGUCCUGGAUCCAGUUCUCUGAUGGGUCUUUUUGAAGAAAACGGGCCAUUCCGUGUCAGCAAAGACUCGCAGACUCUGUCACGUAAUCCUUAUUCAUGGAACAAGUUCGCCAACGUCUUGUAUCUGGAAAGUCCAAUUGGAGUUGGUUACUCUUAUGCUUACAACAACACUAACAUUCAAUAUGACGAUUUUACUACCGCCCAGGAAAACUAUGCUGCACUCAAGAGCUUCUUUGCUGCCUAUCCACAAUACCAAACCGCCGAUUUCUACACCACUGGAGAAUCCUAUGCUGGAGUAUACCUCCCAGGUCUUGCCGCUCUUCUCGUACAAGGAAUCAAAUCAGGAGAUAUCAAUAUCAACUACAAAGGAGUAUCUAUUGGAAACGGAGUUAUUGACAAGAGGACUGAUCUGAACUCACAACUUCAUUAUCAAUACUAUCAUGGAGGAAUUCCAGCAUCGUUAGUUGCCAGAAUUAUAUUAUUAAAUAGAAAAAAAUCUUUUAGAACUUACCAAACCGCAUUGGCGCUCUGUUGCACAGGCGAUGAAUUCAAGUGCAGAUUCAGUGAUCGUAUGACAAACUUCAACAAUUCAAUUCCAUGGGGAGACUUGAGCGAUCCAUGCUAUGACUUUAUCGUUGCCACUGGUGCCAAUCUAUUAUUGAAUGGAUUUGAUCCAUAUAACAUGUAUCAACAGUGUUGGACAAUUCCAAUUAAUGACACUACUCCACGUACACCAUACGGAGAGACUUGGACCGGAAUCAAUUAUGAAUCAUCUGACGCUUUGAACGGCUAUCCAUGCUACGAUGACGCUGCUAUGGAGGCCUACUUGAAUCGCCCAGCUGUCAGAACUGCAUUGAACAUUCCAGCAUCCGUUCCAUACUGGGCUGCUAACAACGCCAUUAUCAAUGCCUACAAUCAACAAGUAGAUAGCAUUAUUCCAAAUCUUCAGAUCAUUAUGGCCAACGCCCCAGGCAAUUUCAAAAUGCUCUUGUAUAGUGGAGACGCAGACACAAUGGUCAACUGGCUUGGAGCUGAAAUUUUCACUGCCAACAACUUUGGAGCUUUAGGAUUGACGACAUCCAGCGCUAGAACUCAAUGGACAUACCAGAUCGACAAUACCUAUGCAACAUCGGUGGCUGGAUAUCAAACGUCCUACACCUCCAACUCUAUCAAUAUUGAUGUGCUUACUGUGAAGGGAUCCGGUCACUUUGUACCACUCGAUCGACCACAACCAGCACUUCAGAUGAUUAAUAACUUUGUCAAGUCUAGAGCUUACAAUACUCCGUUCGAUUUGAAUCCAACAGGUCCAACACAACAACCACCAGCAACCGAAUCGACAGCAACUGCGGGAACCGGAUCAACUACAACUCCUGGACCAGCUGUGACCGGUACACAAGCAUCAGCGGGUACUGGAGCAACUGGAGGAGUUUCUGGGCAAACUCCAGGACCAACUGUGCCAACAACAACUCAAGGAGCAGAGAUUAGAAAUAUUUUGACAAUUUUUUCUAUGGUUUUGGCAGCUUCGUAUUUAAAUUAG